AUGAAUGGAAGCGGUGCAGGAGAUUUAUACGUUCCUAACGUACCAUUACAAAUCAGUAAACGCUAUAUAUUAAAAAAGGAACUCGGAAAAGGAGCUUACGGUACUGUCUAUUUUGCUAUUGAUAAACGUACCGGUGAAGAAGUCGCUAUCAAGCGGAUCAACGACGUGUUCCGCACAAAGACUGAUGCCAAGCGGACACUUCGAGAAAUCACUAUUUUGCGCCAGUGCAAUCAUCCCAAUAUUGCCAAACUAAAAGAUUUAAUUGUGCCUCCCGAUGAAUUUACCUAUCGGAACCUGUGGAUUGUCCAGGAAUACGGAGGAUGGGAUUUAUCCAAGAUCGUGAAAAACUACACCAACAUUCAAGGUUGGGGUGAACGCCACGUCAAAUCGCUUUUGUACCAAUUGCUCUGCGGCCUUCUCUACAUGCAAAGUGGCAAUCUUGUCCAUCGCGAUCUCAAGCCCUCCAAUAUCCUCGUCAGUGAUCGCUGCGUUGCCAAAAUAAUCGAUUUUGGCCUCGCUCGCCAAAUGAACCAGCAAUACAAAGAAAGCAAAGACACCACGAUGGAAGUCGAAAACCCCGAUCUCCUCGACGAGCCCGAGGCCGGUCCGGAGCCCUCCAACGUCCAUCGCCAAUUGACCCAGCAUGUCGUCACGCGCUGGUACCGCGCGCCCGAACUGAUCCUCCUGCAGGAGUACUACAACGCCGCCAUCGACAUGUGGUCCGUGGGCUGCAUCUUCGCGGAGCUGCUGCAGACGCUGGAGCGAGGGAAGCGUCCGCAGCCGCUGUUUCCCGGGAAAACGUGCUUCCCGCUGAGCGCGCGGCGGUACGAGAAGGAGCAGAUCGAGCGGUUCGGGGAGGAGAUCCGCGCGGAGACGCACCAGCUGAUGAAGAUUUUUGAGGUGAUCGGAACGCCGCCGCGCGAAGACUUGGAGAGUCUGGAUGAUGGGCCGAUGAAGGAAGUAGGGCGAAGAGAAAAGCGUGGAGAGUACAGAUUCAAAUUACUUGUUCUUGGAAAUGUGGGGUGUGGCUUGAAGUCAGUGAUUUGUAGGAAUCCUGAUAAUUCCCUUGAGAAGAGUGAAGAGGCUGAGUUCGCCCAAGGUCCUUUGUCAAUUCUAUACAGAGCAGUCAAGAACGGUACGAGUGUGCUCAUUAACGUAAGAAACAACCACAAGCUUCUUUGUCAUGUAAAAGCAUUUGACCGACACUGCAAUAUGGUUUUAGAGAACGUCAAAGAGAUUUGGACAGAAGUGCCGAAAUCUGGCAAGGGGAAGAAGAAAGCGAAAGCCAUAACAAAAGACAGAUUUAUUCCCAAGUUGUUCUUGCGAGGUGAUAGUGUGGUUGUUGUCUGCAGUAAUCCCAAUUUGAAAGAUUAAAUA